AUGGGGAGCAGCGGGACUGCAAUUAGGUUUUCGUCUCUCGUCGUCGUCUUCUCUCUCGUCGUCGUCUUCUUCCUGGGGAGCGCGGAGGCGCAGGCGUCCCCCGGGGACGCCGCAGCAAUGCAGGCCGUGUCGAGGGGGCUCGGGGCAGCGCAGGCCCUCGGCUGGUCGGAGACCACCGAUCCUUGCACCUGGCGGCUGGUUUCCUGCUCCGGCGACCGGAUCACCGCCAUCCAGAUCGGGAACCGGAGCCUUUCCGGCGAGCUGGUGGCGGAGGUGCGGAAUCUAACCGGCUUGGUGAGGCUGGAGCUCCAGGAGAACCAGAUCGGAGGGCCUCUCCCCUCCCUCGCCGGCCUCAGCACGCUCCAGAUACUCCUCCUCCACAAUAAUCGCUUCUCCUCCAUCCCCUCCGACUUCUUCUCUGAGCUCUCCGGCCUGCAGGCGGUGUCCCUGGACAACAACCCCUUCGAGCCCUGGGAUGUCCCCCCCAGCUUGAAGGACGCCUCUACGCUGGUGAACUUCUCCGCCAGCUCCGCCAAUGUCACAGGCAGAAUCCCAGACUUCUUCGGUAGCGCCUUCCCCAGCCUCUCCCAUCUUGCCCUAGCUUUCAACCUCCUCCAGGGUGGGAUCCCGGCAAGCCUUGGAUCCUCUUCUCUCCAGUCCCUGUGGCUCAAUAACCAGAGGGGAAGCACUCGUCUCACCGGCCCCAUUGAUGUCGUCCAGAAUAUGACCUCCCUCACCCAGCUCUGGCUCCAUUCCAACAGCUUCUCGGGGCCGCUCCCGGACUUCUCUGGCCUUAUCACCCUCAGCGACCUGCAACUCCGGGAUAAUUUGUUCACUGGCCCCGUCCCACACUCGCUCACAUCUCUCCCAUCUCUGCAGACAGUGACAUUGACGAACAAUCUGCUCCAGGGGCCCGUCCCCGUCUUCCCCAAGACCGUCACCGAGGUGGACGUGGAUCCAAAGAGCGAGAGGUUCUGCUUAACGACCAUGGGAGAGUGCGACCCCCGAGUGAGCGCUCUGAUCUCCAUCGCCAAGUCCUUUGGGUACCCGACGAGAUUUGCAGAGGACUGGGAGGGGAACGACCCCUGCGCAGGGUGGCUGGGCGUCACCUGCGACCGCAGUGGGAACAUCACCGUUAUCAACUUCCAGAAGAUGGGGCUCGCCGGCACAAUCUCCCCCGACUUCGCCUCCAUCAAGUCUCUCCAGAGGCUCCUGCUUUCCAACAACAAUCUCACUGGAACGAUCCCGCUGUCGCUGACCAGCAUGCCGAACCUCAGGGAGUUGGAUGUGUCAAGUAACUUGAUUUAUGGGCAGGUUCCUCCAUUUUCAAGCAAUGUCUUGGUACGCACAGCUGGAAACCCGAGUAUUGGGAAGAACAACAGCAGUUCCUCAAACUCCACCUCGAACUCUUCUUCAGGAGGAGGUGCUGACAGCCAGGAUGGCUCAGGCACCAGCCCAGCAACCAAGACACCAGCUACUUCGGGAAAUGUUGGAGUUAUAGUGGGUUCAGUCAUUGGCAGUGUCUUCGGCUUGGCUGUGGUUGGACUGCUGGGUUUAUGUUUAUAUAACAGGAGGCAGCAUCACCUCGGAAGGGUUCAGAGUCCAAACACUAUAGUGAUCCAUCCCCGCCACUCUGGUUCUGACCAAGAUGUGGUUAAGAUCACAGUUGCCGGAUCCAGUGUUAACGGUGGAACGGGGGCAGUGAGGGAGGCAUUCAUCCCAUCAACCAGCUCCCCCGGUGAUGUCCACAUGGUGGAGUCAGGGAACAUGCUGAUCUCGAUCCAGGUUCUUCGGAACGUGACGAACAAUUUCAGCGAGGAGAACAUCUUGGGGCAGGGAGGAUUUGGGACAGUCUACAAGGGGGAGCUCCACGACGGGACCAAGAUUGCAGUGAAGAGGAUGGAAUCUGGUGUCAUGGGAACGAAGGGCCUCACUGAGUUCAAGUCAGAGAUUGCAGUCCUCACCAAAGUUCGCCACCGGAAUCUUGUCUCCCUCCUCGGGUACUGCUUGGAUGGGAAUGAGAGGCUCUUGGUGUAUGAGUACAUGCCCCAGGGAACACUAAGUCGCCAUUUGUUCAAUUGGAAGGAAGAGGGUUUGAAGCCAUUGGAGUGGAAGAAGAGGCUCGGGAUUGCCCUGGAUGUGGCGAGGGGAGUGGAGUACCUGCACAAUUUGGCUCGCCAGAGCUUCAUUCACAGGGACCUCAAACCUUCUAAUAUCCUUCUCGGAGAUGAUAUGAAGGCCAAGGUCUCAGAUUUUGGGCUUGUUCGGCUCGCACCCGAUGGUAAAUGUUCGAUUGAGACAAGACUUGCGGGAACUUUUGGGUAUCUCGCCCCAGAGUAUGCAGGUAAUGAAUGCCCUUGUACACCGAAGAAGACAUGUUCUUUGAUUUCUAUUGUGGAUCUGAUGCAUUGUUUGUUGUUCCUAUUGCUUGGUCUUGCUUGCGAAUCCUUGCAAAAAUGAAUGAUUCAUGAAGUAGAUCUGAUCUGAUGGAUGAGCCUAGAACCGGUGAGGGCUUGGCCCAUCCAACUGUGGCUCGAUUCACCAUGCAUUGGUCAAAGUCUGGAUGCUUUCUGGUUGGUUCUCGUCCAUAAUGUCCUGACCCCUAGCCGACACUGGGAUCUUAACAAACAUAUUUACAAGAGCAUUUGAAUUAGCCCCGGAAUUGGAUUGGCUUUGCCGGAUUCUGGAAUGGUUCAUCUAAUGUUUGCAGAGAGUUUUCAUUUUUUUCUCUGAGAUUGCUUGUUCAUCCAUGUUCCUUUCAUGGCGAAGAAACAUGUCAGACCAUCUUAUUUGACUUAUAAUUAUGAGAACCAAAGAUGGGGAAAACAUGCGGACAACUUUCGAACAUAUCAUGAAAACAAGGUUCUGAAAUCGUGACGUGUGAAAAGAUAUUCCCUGAGUUGGCUCAAAAUGAACCAAGGAAGGGGGGAGGGGGGAUCUUCAUUAAUAUCGUAUUUGUUUCUUUAUUCUGUUACACUUUUCAAUCAGAAAGUAUGCCGAAUCCUGGUCAAACAGAAUGCUUCAUGGCAUUGCUCAUUUGGGCUUCCUUGUAGGAAUCUACAUUGGUAAGCUCAUUGACCAGGGUGACCUAGUCAACGAGUUUGCCAUCCACAAGCAUGACCUGGGCCCCACACCACAAAAAAUUAAUUAUUUUGGGCUUAUUUUAUGGACAUUAUAUUGGUAAACGUCUUCUUAGGCGCACAUAUACGCAUGCAUAUAGACAGGUACCACUGCUUCCAGGUGGGCAUCUUACAUAGGCAUGCAAAACCUGAUAAAAUGGUGUUUUUCAGGGUCAAUCAUCCAAACAGAUUCUUUGAUCUGAAAUCCGAGCCUAGGGCUAGCCUUAUCAUUUUGAUCUGUUCAUAAAAUGAAUAUUAGGAUGAUUACACGAAAUAGAUGCCCCUAUUUUUGGAUGAUUUUCUGAUCUGGGUGGAUGUUUCUCAUAAAAUUUCCUGAAAUCCACAGAAGAAAAUCUGACAUAUAUAUCCAUGUAGGCAUAAAUUUUUGCUCCAAAAUCUGAAAUCCAAGCCCAGGGCCAGCCCGUGAUAUGAAUAUAUAUAUUUGAAAAAUCUGAAAAUUUUGAUAUAUAUAUAUAUAUAGAUGUAUGUAUGUAUGUAUGUGUGUAUGAAUUUUUGGACUGAAAUUGCAGUGAUGGGGCGGGUGACCACAAAAGCCGACGUGUUCAGCUUCGGGGUGGUGGUGAUGGAGCUGAUAACGGGGAGGAAGGCCCUGGACGAGAGCCAGCCGGAGGAGAGCGUGCACCUGGUGACCUGGUUCAGGCGGAUGCAGCUGAACAAGGAGACCUUCAGGAAGGCGAUCGACCCCACCAUCGACCUCGACGAGGAGACCAUGACGAGCGUCGCCAUCAUCGGCGAGCUCGCGGGGCACUGCUGCGCGAGGGAGCCCCACCAGCGACCGGACAUGGGGCACGCGGUGAACGUGCUCUCGUCGCUGGCGGAACUGUGGAAGCCGGCGGACGCGGAGGAGGAGGAGAGCUACGGGAUAGAUCUCGAUAUGACGCUGCCGCAGGCACUGAAGAAGUGGCAGGCCUGCGAGGAGGGCGACGGCGGCGGCGCCACCGCGUCGUUCAUUGGAAGCAUGGAUAAUACACAGACGAGCAUCCCCACCAGGCCCGCCGGAUUUGCAGACUCCUUCACCUCUGCCGACGGGAGAUGA